AUGGUGCAGCGGCGAGCGCACCCCCUUCCCCCCCGCCUCCUCCUCCUCGUCGUCGCGCUCCUCCCCGCGCUCGCGUCCGCCGCCGCCCCGACGUCGGUUAACCCCCUCGCCGCCGUCGCUGAGAGCCCCUCGCUGCCCCGCGAGCUCGUCGCGAGGGUCCGCGCGUCGGGCGCGGAGCUCGCGGCGGGUGGGCUGGCGCCCCUCGCCGCCGCCGCGGUGGACGCGCGCGGGGGCGGCGACGCGCUCGCGCGGACCCUCGCCUCGACGCGCGCGGCGGUGCUCGCCCUCUGCGGGUCCGCGGCGGUGCUCGAGCGGAGCGCCGACGACACCACGCCGCGCGCCGACGAGGCCGGAGACCCGGCCCCCGCCCCGCCCGCCCUCCUCGAGGACGCCGAAAACCUCGCGGCGCUGUUCCACUGGCUCGCGGUGGAACUCGACGCCGCCCUCGCCGUCGCGCCCGACGCGCCCGCGUCGCCGACGGCGCGACGCGAGGGCGGAACGUGGUCCCUCGCGGACGAACUUCGAGAGGCGCGCGCCGUCCUUGCCGCGCGACUCGAAACCUCCUCCUCCUCCCCCUCCUCCUCCUCCUCAACCUCCUCAUCCUCAAACUCGGGGUUUUCGUGCUACCGUUGGAGCGGGUACAUCGCGAGGAGCCUGGCGGCGAGGAACGCGCUCUCGCUUCCCUUCGACGAACUCGUGGAGGCGACGUCGACGUGGUCGGACGCGGAGCUCGACGCGUGCGGACUGCGACACGCGCGCCUCGCUUUUCUCGCGACGGAAAUAAACGAGAGGGAGACAGCCGACGACGCCGGGGGAGGAAACGACAGCCGGAAUGAACACCUCGUGCACGGCCUCAACCUCACGGCGUUCGGCGCGGUCGUCGAGACGUGCCGCGUCGGGGGCGGGAACGGGCUCGCGCAGCUCGUGGGCCCGGGCGCGUUCGCCGCGGCAGCGACCCGGCUCGCUCGGCUUAAAUCGCACCUCUCCGCGAUGGACACGGCGCUGCGAAGCCAAACCGCGAUCGACGGGUUUAGAUGCCUGAGCGACGCGUCGCUGGCACCCGCGAUGGACGACGAGGCCGACGCCCCGCCCGGCUCCAGACUCGCCACCGCCACCGCGAUACUUUCCUUCCUCGCGGGAGCCGCCGAGGACGUCCUCGUCGCCGAUCGCGGGUGCGAGCGAGCUCGCGAAUCGUCCUCGACGGGCGCGUACUAUCCCGUGCCUGUUUUCGACAGGAUCGCGCAGGAGCUCGCGCAGUGCGGCGUAGGGGACGCGUACGGCCGCGCGUGGCUCCGGGCGAGGUACCCGAACGGGGGCACCGCCGGACUGGCGUCGAGGCUCGACCAGGUGGCAGCCGCGGUGGACGCGUGCAGCGAGGGUUCGUCUUUGAAUCGCGAAGACGUCAAAGCCGCUCGGUCAAAGACGCCGCCCCUCACCAGGGUCGAUCUCGACGCGCUCGCCGCGACGAUUCGUCACUUCCGAUCGGCGGACGCGGCGAUGUUCGGGUGCAGACGCGGCGCGUACGCGCACAGCGCCGCGGGGGCACUCGCGCACGCCCUCGACGGCUACCGCGCGGUCCUCGCCUCCUGCCCGGCGGCGACGGCGGAUUCGACCGGCUCAGACCCGACUGAGAUUGUCCACCCCGAGAUCGUCCACCCGUCGUCGUCGUCGUACGUGGUCAUCCCCGUGACCGAGGCGGCGGCACGAGGCGAGGGAGUCAAAGGACGCGGGAGGUUCGAGCCGGGGGGCGGCGCUGGUUUCGUCGGUGUGGUGUCGGCUUCGUGCGUCCUCGCCGUCGGCGGGGUCGCGUUUUGCGUCGCGCGGUACCUCCAAACGAGGCGCGAUCGAUCCGUCCGCGGGCCUUGGCGAAAGAUGGAUGCCGCCGGCGGCGACCUCGGGCGUCCCCCGCGAGUGCCGCCGUCCGGUCCCGGUCCCGGCGGCCGCGCUCCGUUCGCGUUCUCCGCCAGACGGUUCUACCGGCACCUUCAGGCGGGUAGCGUGGGCGACCUCCCGCUCGUCGAGGACCUGGACCGCGCGUCCGGAGUUUCCACCGAAUCCGAGGGCAACGAUCGCGUCGACACGCCCCCGUUGAGGAUGGGCAACGUCGUGGACCUGCCCAGCCCGCGGACCAACCGCCGCAGCAACUCCAUCUCCGAGCCCGCCACGCGGCCGCCCCCCGCGGUUACGCCCGACGAUUUGGUCCUCAGGGGUUUCGCCGGGGGCAUCAGCGAGCCGAAGCCCCGGCACCCGUCGCGGCACUCCACCCCGUACCACGGCCUGCGGAGCGUUGGGGAGCUCCGGGUGAACAUACCGGUCGGGGCGUUUCGGGAGACGGCGGACGGCCGGCGGCCGACCACGCCGCCGGCGGGCGCAUCCGGCGCUGCUCCGUUCUUUGGCGGUGAGAAGCGGCUGACGCACCCGUGA